AUGACGGGGCAGAUGGCGCGGGAGCAGAGGGCGCAACAUUGGAGGGAGCGGCGCGUGUUCUUUGUCACAGGGCAGGUGCUGCUGCAGGACAUGGUGCAGUGGGGUGCCUGUCCGCGUGAGGCCAUAGUGUGUCUGGUUGUGGACGAGGCCCACCGUGCUACGGGCAACUAUGCUUAUGCACGCGUCGUGGAGGAGCCUCCUCUUCUUUUCACCUCUCUUAUUGCCGGUCUUGUUCCCCCCCUUGCUCCACCGCUCCCUGCCCCUGCUUCUCCUGCUGCCGCUCUCCCUCAUGGCAGCUCCACAAAGCCGGUGUUGCGUUUCGACCCAGCUGCCCAAGGUACAGGAGGUGGGGAACAAGCUGGGCAUAUCAGUCAUGCAGCACAGCUCCACUGUGCCCCGCUCCUCCCCUCUUCCCUUUCCUCUCUCCCCUCCCCCUUCUCCGUGCCACCAGCCCAGCUGCCCAAGGUGCAAGAGGUGGUGGAAAAUCUGGGCAUAUCACUCAUGGACCGCUGCCCUGCUAUGCUGUGCCGUCAACUCUACCAACUUCCCCUUGCUCUCCCCUCUACCUCCUCAAUGCCACCAGCCCAGCUGCCCAAGGUGCAAGAGGUGGUGGAAAAGCUGGGCAUAUCACUCAUGGACCGCUGCCCUGCUAUGCUGUGCCGUCAACUCUACCAACUUCCCCUUGCUCUCCCCUCUACCUCCUCAAUGCCACCAGCCCAGCUGCCCAAGGUGCAAGAGGUGGUGGAAAAGCUGGGCAUAUCACUCAUGGACCGCUGCCCUGCUAUGCUGUGCCGUCAACUCUACCAACUUCCCCUUGCUCUCCCCUCUACCUCCUCAAUGCCACCAGCCCAGCUGCCCAAGGUGCAAGAGGUGGUGGAAAAGCUGGGCAUAUCACUCAUGGACCGCUGCCCUGCUAUGCUGUGCCGUCAACUCUACCAACUUCCCCUUGCUCUCCCCUCUACCUCCUCAAUGCCACCAGCCCAGCUGCCCAAGGUGCAAGAGGUGGUGGAAAAGCUGGGCAUAUCACUCAUGGACCGCUGCCCUGCUAUGCUGUGCCGUCAACUCUACCAACUUCCCCUUGCUCUCCCCUCUACCUCCUCAAUGCCACCAGCCCAGCUGCCCAAGGUGCAAGAGGUGGUGGAAAAGCUGGGCAUAUCACUCAUGGACCGCUGCCCUGCUAUGCUGUGCCGUCAACUCUACCAACUUCCCCUUGCUCUCCCCUCUACCUCCUCAAUGCCACCAGCCCAGCUGCCCAAGGUGCAAGAGGUGGUGGACAAGCUGGGCUUGUCACCCAUUGCCCAGCUGCCCAAGGUACAGGAGGUGGUGGACAAGCUGGGCAUAUCGCUCAUAGAGUACCGGGGAGAUGACGACCCGCAAGUCGCCCAGUACAUGCACAAGCGCACCGAGCAAGUGGUCAAGGUGCGCAUGCACACAGCAGUGGCAGAGGUGGAGAAGCUGCUGCUAGCGGAGCAGAGGAGGUGCCUGGAAGCCCUCAAUCGCCUGGGCCUUGUGUCCUCAGCUCUCGUGUCUUCCAGCAAGGCCCUUCCCUCCCAGAUGGUGUCCUCCCACCAGCCGCGCAUGAUCCAGGAGCAGCUCAAAGCCUUUCCGUUUGGCCCCUCUCCCCUGCCACUACGUCCUCCCCCCCAGAUGGUGUCGUCCCACCAGCUGCGCAUGAUCCAGGAGGAGCGUGAAAGGAGUUGUCUCAGUCAUCUCAAAUCCUGCUUCUUUCCCCUGACACUAUUUCUGAGCAGCGGGAGAUCAGCCGUUCUCAUCUCACCCACUCCCACUCGCCCUCCCUCUCCCCUGCCACCAUGGCCCCCCCAGAUGGUAUCAUCUCACCAGCUGCGCAUGAUCCAGGAGCAGCGGGAGAUCAGCCGUCUGACUCUCCUACUCGUUACUCGUUCCCUCACUGCCCCUCUCCCUUCCUUCCAACUGCCCCUCUCAGAUGGUAUCAUCUCACCAGCUGCGCAUGAUUCAGGAGCAGCGGGAGAUCAGCCGGCAGCAGGAGGCAGCAGCGCGGGGCUUUGGGGCGGCGCCGAUGGGUGGCAGGGAGGCGGCGGGGCAGAUGUGGUGGUCACGGGCAGAGGCCCAGUGGUGAGGGAACAGAACAUGCACAAGGCGUUGACGAUCAUGCGUCGCACUGUGGGAGGGGGCGAGGGGGGAAAGGUCAGCAAGGGAAGGCAAGGCGGUGCCAUGUCAUCAGCUUCCACGUCAGCUGCCAGGGUUGGGCCCUCGUCCGCUGCAGCGGCUGCCAUCUCCCCGAAGCUGGUGGAGUUGGAGAAGCUGCUGCUGCUGCACUUCAGGGAGGGUGGCACUGAGCAGCAGGGGGCUGCUGCUGCAUACUCACCUGGGCAUCUGCUCAUCUGGGCUGCCGCUGCAUACUCACCUGGGCAUCUGCUCAUCUGGGCUGCCGCUGCAUACUCACCUGGGCAUCUGCUCAUCUGGGCUGCCGCUGCAUACUCACCUGGGCAUCUGCUCAUCUGGGCUGCCGCUGCAUACUCAACUGGGCAUCUGCUCAUCUGGGCUGCCGCUGCAUACUCACCUGGGCAUCUGCUCAUCUGGGCUGCCGCUGCAUACUCACCUGGGCAUCUGCUCAUCUGGGCUGCUGCUGCAUACUCACCUGGGCAUCUGCUCAUCUGGGCUGCCGCUGCAUACUCACCUGGGCAUCUGCUCAUCUGGGCUGCCGCUGCAUACUCACCUGGGCAUCUGCUCAUCUGGGCUGCCGCUGCAUACUCACCUGGGCAUCUGCUCAUCUGGGCUGCCGCUGCAUACUCACCUGGGCAUCUGCUCAUCUGGGCUGCCGCUGCAUACUCACCUGGGCAUCUGCUCAUCUGGGCUGCCGCUGCAUACUCACCUGGGCAUCUGCUCAUCUGGGCUGCCGCUGCAUACUCACCUGGGCAUCUGCUCAUCUGGGAUGCCGCUGCAUACUCACCUGGGCAUCUGCUCAUCUGGGCUGCCGCUGCAUACUCACCUGGGCAUCUGCUCAUCUGGGCUGCCGCUGCAUACUCACCUGCAGCUCAGGGCAGAUGCCACCACACCACCAGGCCAAUUAUCCCUUUCUCCCCCCCCCUCCCCUCGCUUCUUUUCCUCUCUCCCGUUCCCCAGCAGCGCAGCACAGCCCAGCAGCGUGGUACAGGUGACACGAGGGCCAUCAUCUUCUCCACCUUUCGGGACAGUGUGCAGGAGAUUGUGGAGUGCCUAUCACAGCACGAGCCGCUGCUGCGAGUGAAGCAGUUCAUCGGGCAGAGCCCAGGAGCAGACUUGCCUCAGAACCGGGCCAAGGGGUCUGCGCGCGCCAAGGGACUUCCACGGAUAGGAGCAAGGGGAGGGGGAAGGGGAGGGCGUGGGGGAGGGCGCGGGGGAAGGGGAGAGGGAGGGCGAGAGGGAGGGAGGAUGGGAGGAAAGGGGAGUGAGCGAGGGACUGGAGGAGGAGCAGCUUUGGAUGGUUCGAACGGAAGUCUGGGGAAAAGGAGGGGAGGGAGAGGCAAUGCUGAUGGUUGUGUGGUGAAGGGUGUGUGCAGGGAGGAGGAUGGGGAGGAGAGAUGGGACGCUGAGGGAGAGGUUUUAGGAGAGGGGAGUGGGCAAGAGGAACAAGAGAGGGCGGAAGUGGAAGGGGACGAGGGGGAGGAAGAAGCAGGGGAGGAGGAGGAAGGGGGUGAUAUGGAAGUGAGGAAGCGGCUGAUGGGUCAGUCACAGAAGCAGCAGCAGGCGGUGCUGGAUGGCUUCAAAGCAGGAACGUACAAUGUGCUUGUCUCCACAACCAUUGGAGAGGAGGGGCUGGAUAUAUCCCAGGUGGGUGGGUGUGGGUUGUGCAUUGCGGAUGCAAUGCCACUUCUUAUCGCUCCUACCACACUAUUGGUGGCUGAAAGAUUUGGUGGAAUCUUCGCUGUUGGUUUGGCAUAUCCCUGGCGGGUUGGGCACAUCCCAGGUGGAUCUGGUGGUCUGCUUCGAUGCAGUCUCUGUGUUGCGCAUGACUCAGCGCAUGGGGCGCACUGGUCGCAGCAGGGACGGCAAAGUGGAUAUCCUCCUCACCACCACUCCUCACUGCUCCCCACCGCUCCUCGCAUUUCCUUCGCAUUUCCCUCCGUUUCUUGCACUGCACCCCUUGCCGCAAGCACGUGCCUGGUUUCCUUAACUUUCCACCUCCCGUCCCUGCGCAUUCCUCCUGCUCUUUCUUUCGUCUCCUCUCCUUCUCUCCCUUCCCACCGCCCCCCUCCUCAUCCCCAUCCGUUGCUACUUUACCUGUUCCGUUCCCCACUCUCCCAUGCCUACACCAGCUGCCUCAUCGCCUGCCAAAGCCCACCGUUGCCAUCGUCAACAUCCAGCUAUGAUCUGAGUCGACUCGACGAUUUAAUCCUGUACCCACUUCAUCCCUUACAGUUGCUUCUUCAACCUGUCCCCCCUUUCUCCCAACCCCACCAGCUGCCUCAUCGCCUGCCAAAGCCCACCGUUGCCAUCGUCAACAUCCAGCCGCCCGCCUUCAGCCCGCCUCGCUCCAAGCGACGCCGCCCCUCGUCGUCCCCAGCCUCGCUCGAUCCCUCCACCAAGAAAGCCCGGGGGAAGAGAAUGAGUGGAGUAAGAUCAGCAUCAGCAUCAGCUUGCCCCAUUCCACCGGCUGCUAACCGGCUAGCUGGCAGUUCUGGUGGCGGGGAGGGGAUGAGGUGGAAGCCUUUUGGGACGUCUCAACAGCAGGCUGCUAACCGGCUUGGUGGCGGUUCUGGUGGCGGGGAGGAGGCGAGAUGGAAGCCUAGCCUUACGGGGUUCUUGUCGGCGCAGACGCAGCGAAUGAGGACGUGCCAGGUGGCGCAUUCCGAUAGGUCGGAGCGGAUGUUGGUGGGGGCACUGAGGAUACUGCAGGGGAUGGGAAACGAUGUGGGUUUGGGAAGGGAUGGGGGGGCGGGAGGGGACGAGGGAACAGGAGCGGGAAUGGGUGCAGGGAUGGGAGGGAGACUGGGGACAGGAGUGCAGGUGGGGGAUGAUGGUUGGAAUUCGUGGAAAGGAGUGAAUGUGGGAGCAAGGGGAUUUCAGGUGAGGGCAGACUGCAAAUUGGGUGGAGCACCGUCGUUGCCCAUGAGAGGAGGGCUUGAGUUGAAGCAGCAGGGCAGCGGAAGGAGGGGUGGUGUUGGAGCGAGCGUUGGAGAGGGUAGAGGCAGUGAGAAAGAGACGAGGGAGCACAAGGGAGGAGGGCAGGAGGGUGGUGAGCAGGAGAAUAGUGAUGGGGAGAGUUGUGCGUUGGACCGGGACAGUAGGGAUGGUGGGGAUGGUGGGCAUUGUGCGGUUGGUAGGGGUGGUGGGCAUUGUGAUGAGGUGGAGGGUGGUGAGAGGGAGGAGGAUGGGUACGUGGGGUUGGAGGAGUAUGAAGAGCCAACGAUCUGGAGGUACGUUGAGGGGGAGGAGGAGGGUGGUGAAGGCUUGGAACUCCAGGAUCGGGCGGGGCGAGUGGAUGGGAGGGCCGGGAAUGCCCAUGUUAUGGGCUCAAAGAGCGGGGAGGAGGGCGUGUGUGCAGCAGAGCAGAAUGACACGAAAGCAGCUGGAGGAAGGAAGCCCUGCGAUUUUAGCUGGGACUGGCAGGGGGGCAGUGCAGUGGGGAGAGCAGAGAGCAGCAGCAGGCUUGCGUGGGCUGUUAGGCCCCUGCCGUCAGCAGCAGCAGCAGCAGCAGCAGCAGCAGCAGCAGCAGCAGCAGCAGCAGCAGCAGAGAUCUGA